CUAAGGCCUUGCGGGGAGGCGAGCCGACCGGCCCGCGGCCGCACAGGUGUCCGGGUGGCGGCGCCCCGGCCCCCACCCGCUGGGCGGGCGGCAGGGAUGGGCGCCGCCCGUGCGCGGGGGCCGGGGCCCAAGAGGGAGGUUCCCGCGAGGUGGUUCUCGGGCUCCUCCUCGGCGCUCAGGUUUCCUCUCCCGCCGGCUGGCUGCUGGCUGCGGCGCCGCCUCCCUCCCCCCUACGGCCGGGCCCACUCUGCGGCCUCUGCCCGCCUCGCCCCCGCCCGGGCCUCCUCCCGCUUUCUCUCUCCGCUUCCCCUCGAGCCUCCGGAGGAGCCCGCAGCCGCGGGGCCCCGGGGAAGAUGGCGGCGGCGGCUGGAGGCGGCUGCGGCGAGGGGGGCGCGGGCCUGGGCGGCGCGGCGGGGCCGGGGUCGGGGUCGGGGCCGCGCGGGCGGGGCCCCUCCGGCGGCGCGAGCGAGGACGCCCGGUGCCCCGCGCCCAGCGCGCUGCACCCCGAAGAGGUCGCCGCGCGGCUGCAGCGGAUGCACCGGGAGCUGAGCAACCGCAGGAAAAUCCUGGUGAAAAACCUGCCCCAGGACAGCAACUGCCAGGAAGUUCACGAUUUAUUACAAGACUAUGAGUUAAAGUAUUGUUAUGUGGACAGAAAUAAGCGAACAGCUUUUGUUACCUUACUGAAUGGGGAGCAAGCCCAGAAUGCAAUUCAGAUGUUUCAUCAGUAUUCUUUUCGAGGAAAGGACUUAAUUGUUCAGCUCCAGCCAACAGAUGCUUUGCUGUGUAUUACCAACUUGCCCACUUCUUUUACAUUAGAAGAGUUUGAAGAACUUGUUCGUGCUUAUGGAAAUAUCGAGAGAUGUUUUCUAGUCUACAGUGAAGUUACUGGCCAUUCCAAAGGCUAUGGAUUUGUGGAAUACAUGAAAAAGGACUUUGCUGCAAAGGCUAGAUUGGAGUUAUUGGGUAAACAAUUGGGAGCAUCAGCUCUCUUUGCACAAUGGAUGGAUGUUAAUCUAUUGGCCGCAGAGCUCAUUCAUUCUAAGUGCCUUUGUAUAGAUAAACUCCCUAGUGACUACAGGGAUUCAGAGGAGCUGUUGCAAUUUUUUUCCAAUAUACAUAAACCUGUGUUUUGCCAGCUUGCACAGGAUGAAGGUAGUUAUGUUGGUGGCUUUGCAGUGGUUGAAUAUAACACUGCGGAGCAUGCUGAAGAGGUUCAGCAAGCAGCUGAUGGUAUGACCAUCAAGGGAAGCAAAGUCCAAGUUUCCUUCUGUGCCCCCGGAGCACCAGGGCGAAGUACGUUAGCAGCAUUGAUAGCAGCUCAACGUGUGAUGCACAGUAAUCAAAAAGGCUUACUUCCAGAGCCAAAUCCUGUACAAAUUAUGAAAAGUUUAAACAAUCCCGCCAUGUUACAAGUUCUUCUACAACCCCAGCUCUGCGGGCGAGCUGUUAAACCAGCAGUUCUCGGAACACCUCACAGCUUGCCCCAUCUGAUGAACCCACCCAUCUCCCCUGCGUUUUUGCAUUUGAAUAAAGCACAGCAGAGCACAGUUAUGGGUAAUACUUCCAAUUUAUUCCUUCAGAAUCUUUCUCAUGUACCACGGGCACAGCAACAAUUACUGAAGUUUGAGAAUAUUCAUACUAAUAAUAAACCAGGCUUACUUGGAGAUCCCCCAGCCAUGGUACUUCAAACUGCAGUAGGGAUAGGGUCAGCACUUCCUUUGAAAACAGAUCUGGGUCAUCAUGGAGAAGCACAUAAAACAUCUAAUCUGAUUCCAACUCAAACAACUCUAACAGCUGGAAUGGGCAUAUUACCAUUCUUUCCAAAUCAGCACAUUGCUGGGCAGGCUGGGCCAGGGCACGGGAAUGCUCAGGAGAAACAACCAGCCUCGGUGGGGAAGGCAGAAGGAAAUUUCUCAGGGUCACAGGCCUGUCUUCAGAGCUUCCCAAACCGUACUGCUGGAGGCUUGCUGACGGGACACCACAAGCAACAGCAAAGUCAGCCAAGAGGCACGGAGAUAAGUUCAGGGAUUGCCUCUAAGAAUCAGACUUCACUGUUGGGAGAACCACCAAAAGAAAUACGGCUCAGUAAAAAUCCAUACUUGAACUUGGCAAGUGUGUUGCCCAGUGUGUGCUUAUCAUCCCCUGCAAGUAAAACCACCCUACAGAAGACUGGAAUUGCAAGCAAUAUUCUGGAUGCAAUCUCUCAGGGAAAUGAAUCACAGCACACAUUGGAAAAGUGCAUUUCUUAUUCUCAACCUUUUGGUGAUUAUGCACAGGUAUCCUCUUUAAGAAAUGAAAAGCGAGGCUCAUCAUAUCUCAUCUCUGCCCCAGAAGGUGGUUCUGUGGAAUUUGUUGACCAGCAUUCUCAGGGCACAGGAGCUUAUUACAUGGAAACCUACUUAAAAAAGAAGCGCGUAUAUUGAGUUAAGUUCUCUCCUUAUAAGCUCAUAAGGUUUUUUGCAGUAUCUCUGCUGUUCAUUGCUGCCUUAACUACAUUCAGACUAGCCAUAUCCUUUAAAUACGGGUUUCUAAUUUCCCAGAAGGAACUGUAUUGUGCAGCAAGCAGAAUUGCCAAAUAAAAAAUAAGUAGCAAUAAGAUAAUACAGGACAUUUUCCAUUACAAGUAGAUGCAUCUUAAUUGGUAUUAAAUUAUAGUCCACUGGAGAAAUUAACAAUGUUCCAAUAUUCCUUGUUUAGGACUGGGAAUAAUUUUGACACCAUAUAUAAAAGUAUGAAGCAAUAAAUGGGAAACGGUCUUGUUUCCUGAGCCUUAGAAGAAUGAGUUUCUUAUAUGCCAAUGUGCAUUUCAAUCUACUUUCCCUAGAAGUAAUCUCAUUUAUAGAUUUUUAGAACUUUUCCUAGAACUACAAGAGUGCAACUGCAAAAUGCAGUGGUGGUAAUGUUAUAAAGAUGCUCUACAUGCAAACUAAAUACCCCCAAAUCAGCCCCACAAUAUAAAACCCAGAGUGAUAGUAAGGUCCAAGUUCUACACAACUAUAGAUGCUUUACUUUUAAUGUUAUUUACCAUUUAUACCUUUUGUGAAAAAUAAGCUAUUUUUGGGGAAAAAAAAAGUAGCUUUGGUGAAAUAAUUUCAGGGGUUGGCAGGCUAUACCCUGGGGUCAAGUUUAGUCCUCCACCUGUUUUUAUACUGUCUGCAAGCUAAGAAUGAGGUUUACAUUUUUAAAUGAAGUAGAACAGAUUUGAAUUAAGUUCUAUGAAAUUCAAAUUUCAGUGUCCAUAUAUAAAAUUUUACUGGAACACAAACAUGCUCAUUCAUUUACAUAUUGUCUAGGGCUACUUGUGUGCCCUAGUGGCAGUGCUGAGUAGCUGUGACAGAGACCAUAUGGUCUGCAAAGCCUAAAAUAUUUGUCAUCUGGGCCUUUAUGGGGGAGAGUGCGCUGACUUCUGGUCUAAUGGCACUAAUUCCCUAAUCCUCUCACUUGUGCAACAGACUUGUAAGUGGCAAGCGAUGUAGGUUUCUGUGUCUGAUUUCAUGGCAUAAACUAGUGAUGAUCUAAUUGCUAGAACAAGGCCUGUUUUGAUCCUCAAAUGCCCUAUUUCCACAGCAUAGUUCAACCCUCAAUACUGAAGGAGCACUGUGGAGUAACAGUAUAACAAUUUUGAGCUAGUAAGUUAUACCUCACUUUCUGCUUUGUCUCUUAUUCUUUUAUUAUCAGCUAUUUAACUCAAUUUACUUCGGCAAGAAUUGUGAUUAUUGCAUAUAACUUUUGACAUCACCAUUUCCUGAAGACUUUGGUAUUAAACAGAUGAGAAAACCUUUGCCAUCUAGAAAUUUCCAAGUUUGUUCCUUGUCUUUUUGAAAUCAGAUUAAAGGUCUUGUAAUAAGGUACCCUAUUCUAAUUAUCAAGUUUAAAAAGUGGUACAUCUGAUUUGUAAUUUAUUUCAUUCUAUUUGAAAAUGACAGCUAGAAAGUUAAGGAUUGGCAUCGGUUAUGACUCAGCAGAUGAAUAAUGGUUUCUCCAUGUUCUGCGCUUCUCCUUCCCAUUUCCUAUUGCAUUAAGCAUCUUCAAUGCUUAGUCACACCUCUCUAAUACAAACAGAAGAUGGUGAAUUUUAAGGCAGAGCUGCAAAAUGAAAGCAGGAAGAGGUUGAAAAGAACUAAGCUAUAUGGAUCUGCCCUCUGUGUAUCAUUGGAUAGAACAGAUAAGUAC